ACCAGUUAAGUUCGCAGUCUUCUGUUGCCCUGUUCUCUGUAUUGGGUUACAACACGCAUCUUAUAGCCUUAUUUCUGUUAGUGUUCGAUUUGUUUUUACUUUUCGGCGCACGUAGACGAUGUCCAGAGCAUCUGACAACACCUUGAAUACACCGUAAAGUGCACGUGGCGUUCAUCGCGGGGGUUUCUGCAACUUUGUCUGCUGUUACUGUUGAACAGGUGAAGCUGAAGAGUUGAACAAAGCUCUAACAAGGAUGGUUCGGACAUGUGCAGUUAUUCUCUAGUUUUUGGAGUGCGUUGGGCGGCUGAUGAAUAACAUGUACUCUGGUCUGUUGGAUUCAGAUAACAGAAUCCAGCUCGUCAUUUCAACUUUUUUAUAGGAAUCUGGACGGGCUGCUAGAGGAACGAUUUUUCAUCUCUCAGUUGGCGUACCUAUUUGUUACAUGAGUCUAUGUGGAAAAGCUCAGUGGAGACUUAGCCUACCUUUAUGCAAGAAUCAUUUAUCUGAAACUUCCAGAAAUGAAGGAAAAAUGCAAGAACGCGGCGAAGACGCGGAGAGAAAAAGAGAACGGAGAGUUUUAUGAGCUGGCAAAGCUGUUGCCUCUGCCGGCGGCGAUCACCUCCCAGCUGGACAAGGCCUCCAUCAUCCGGCUGACCAGCAGCUACCUCAAGAUGAGGGCAGUCUUCCCAGACGGUCUGGGUGAUGGAUGGGGUCAGUCAACAAGGUUCAGUCCUCUGGACAGCAUGGCUAAAGAACUGGGUUCCCACCUUUUACAAACUCUGGAUGGCUUCGUGUUUGUUGUUGCCUCUGAUGGCAAAAUCAUGUACAUCUCUGAAACAGCAUCAGUCCACCUCGGCCUGUCCCAGGUGGAGCUAACAGGAAACAAUAUAUUUGAGUACAUCCACCCAUCAGACCAUGAUGAGAUGACAGCAGUGCUGGGUCUUUGCCAGCCCCCACACCAUCAUUUCUCUCCAGAGUAUGAAAUAGAGCGCUCCUUCUUCUUGAGGAUGAAGUGUGUUCUUGCUAAACGAAAUGCAGGACUUACAUGUGGGGGAUAUAAGGUCAUCCACUGCAGCGGCUACCUGAAAGUGCGUCAGUACAUGAUGGACAUGGCGCUGUAUGAAUCCUGUUAUCAGACUGUGGGUCUAGUGGCAGUCGGUCACUCCCUGCCCCCCAGUGGUAUCACCGAGAUCAAACUCCACAGCAACAUGUUUAUGUUCCGGGCCAGCCUGGACUUUAAACUCAUUUUCUUGGACACAAGGGUGGCAGAGCUGACAGGCUAUGAACCUCAGGACUUGAUAGAGAAGACUCUCUACCACCACGUCCACGCCUGUGAUGUUUUCCAUCUACGCUAUGCUCACCAUUUAUUACUGGUGAAGGGGCAGGUCACCACUAAGUACUACCGCAUGUUAUCAAAGCAUGGAGGCUGGGUGUGGGUGCAGAGCUACGCCACCAUCAUCCACAACAGCCGCUCCUCCAGACCUCACUGUAUUGUCAGUGUGAACUACGUCCUCACUGACAUUGAGUGCAAGGAGCUACAGUUAUCUGAAGACCAGAGUCGAGCCACUAAGACUGGUCUCAGUCUUACUUCCUCUCAGGACCACCGCAAACAACUCAGAACCAAAGCAGUCAAGAUGAAGACCAAACUCAGAGCAGCUCCCUAUCCUGAGACCAGUAGCCUAUUCCAGCUGGACCACUCCAGCUGCUCCCCACAGAGGGGGCUGUGGAAGGAGAGAUCCCCGUACCCAGUGACCCCCUGCAGGGAGAAGAGCUCCAGCUUGAGCCCUGAAGCAGGCCAGGUGUCCUGCAUUCCCACUUACAAUCUGACCUUCCGCUACCCCUACAACCACCGGCAUCUGGAUGCUCAGAGCCAGCUGCCUAGCUCAGGUCCCACCCCUCAGCUGGCUCAGCAGAUCAUCGGCUCCCUGCACAGCAGAGGGCCUGUUGGAUGGAACAUCAGCAGCACCGCAGCACCCAACAAAUACACAGGCCCCGUGCUGGCAGCUGACCGUAGGUACCCUGAUGAGAUCUACCAUGAUUGUUCCAGCAGCACAAACCCACAUUCUACCGGCAGGUUGAAGGAAGAACCCUACGAACAUUACACGCUUGUCCACAGCGAGAUGUCUGAGGUUUGUCCACACCCCCAUCCUCAUGCCACCAACGACAGUAAGCCUUUAAGCCAGGAUGUCCAACAUAACAUAAGAGGUGUUGAGGGAUCUCGAGGUGACUGGGCCCUGGCCUGCCCUUUGCUCAGCGGCCUUGUACUUGGUAAAAGUGAGCAGGCUGGCUCGUUGCACAGUGCGGGCCAGCCUCUCCCUGUGCAGAUGGCGCUGGAGCAGAGGAGGAGGCUGUGUAUGAUGGAGGCUCUCUACAGCCACCCAGCUACAGGAUAUCCACAACCUGCUGACGGCCACCUGCAGUGUGGAGCUGCCGCAGAGCUGCAGCCCAGGUCUGCUGAGGAGGACAGGAGAAUGUUGACAGGUAUGGGGGUUGGGGUGGGACUUCCAGCCCAAGCUCCAUAUAUGUCUUUGAACUUUCAUAAAGUCUUGGGCAAACAUGGUUCUAUUAAAGCCCCCCCUUUUACCAGAAUGAGCCAUAUAACAGACGGACACAGUUACCACGGUACAGCCCCUUACAGCUGUAACAGCCAGAGCCCGAGCUCCAGCUCAUCCCCUGGGAGCCACAGAGAGAUCCCACAUUACAUUGGCACAUCUGUCAUUAUCACAAAUUAGAGGUGACCCAGGAUAGAAACACAAGAGACGACAAGAGACAAGAGGUCGUUUUUUUCCCUUCAUUUUGCACUCCUGCAGGAUAGCUUGACAUGCAAUAGGACAUUACAGCUGUAAGCCUUUACCCCCCAUGUUGUCUGUCAUAUAAAAGAUCAACCUGAACAUGUUCUAUAGAACAUAUAUGCAAUACAGCUUUUGCAGGAAUUUUAUUACCUUUUCUUUUUAUUAUUAUUCAACCCAAACCUAAACUUAGGGCCUAAACAUUAUAUAUGAUUUGAACCUCAUUUAGUACUCAAAGAAAAUAGCAUUUCUACAACAUUUAAAUUUUUUACACAUGGAAAAUCUGAAGUGUUUAUAUUGAGUAGUGAGGAUCGCAAGCAGCCUAUAUUGGGUCAAACAUCAGGCUUCAUUUGGAAAACAUAUCUUUAAUGGAAUGUGAGUAUCAGCAAUGUUGUAAAUAAGUUUUGGAUGAAAAACAAUGCUUCAUAGUGAUGGCAAGCAGAUGUAAAUAAACUGAAAAAUCUCUCAAUCUCUAUUUUUGAUGUUUCUGAAAUUUAAUGAGCCUAAUUUUUGGCAAACAAACUGUAACAGAUUUGCAACUCCUGUGCUAGACCUAGUGUAGUAUAAGUCUGUGUAUAUGAUAAGGUGCAGCCAUAGCAUGUGGUACAAAAGCUCUUGAGAGGAAAAUCAGACAAAACGUUUUUUAAAUGCACUAUUUAUUCAAUAUUAUAUAUUUAUUGCAUAACUUAAAUCACUUAUCAGGCAUUAACACUCACAAAAUAAGGUGCAAUAGAGUGGGCAGCCUAGGGAGUUUUUAACAUCAUGUAAGCUAGCAGCCCCUAGAAGCUGAAAUGUUCAUUACACUUUGUGACUGAAUUGGCAUAUAUUGUAAUUGAUAUCAUGGAAAUUGUCGACAAUAAAACAAAGCUUAGUUUCAAGGAAAACUAUGGUUUAUUACAACUUGGACAUCUGGCCAUUGGUUCUAUUGGUUAUGAUAACACUGCAUUCACCAUGCUGAGUUCUGCAAACACUUCUGGCUUCAGCAUGCACAAACUUUACUUAGUGUAGUUGUAUGUGCGCACACAGUUUUCCCGUGCAGUGAGGGAUUAGAGCCUAACUGUCCAAUAUAUAUCAACAUGCCACAACCUGAGGGACAGUGAAUGACCUACACACACACUCACAAACACACAAACACUCAUAAAAAAAGUUGCAGUGUUUAGU